UAUCGUUUGAAGGGUAAACUACUCUUCUUCAAAUGGAAACGAAAUUUCGUCUUGUCGUCAUUGGUGGAUAUGGAGAGACAAAUUCCUAUCUCUGAACUGACAAAGGAGCAACUUCAGAUUUUGUAUGAUAGAAUGGAACAAGAACUGGAACAUUUGAGGAAUAGUCUACGCACUCUCAACGUGGCAGUUAGCCGUUUACAACGCAGUCUGCAAUGUUUAGACUCUCUUUCUUACAAAUCUGAAGGUUCUCAAGUGAUGGUCCCACUUACCAGUUCCCUUUAUGUCCCCGGAAGUUUGAAGGAUACAAAGAACGUUCUUGUUGACGUUGGAACAGGCUAUUAUGUCAAAAGCUCACUGGAAAAGGCGGAAGAUUACCUCAAAAGGCGAUUGUCAUCGGUAAAAAAGGAAGUUGAGAAACUACAGCAGUUACUAUCAAGUAAACAGGAGCAACACGAGUAUGUAUCAGUGGCACUUCGAGAGAAACUUGUUCAAGCGACGAGUUAAAGUCAAAAGUUUUCGCAAAGCAGCUUCCGAGCUACAUUCAUAAAUCAAUUGAUUGUUUA